ACUGUCCUCUCCUCUCCUGUUCUGUGCUAAACAAGCGGAAUGUAAUUUUCUUAUUUGUGGUGUCUUUUUAUAGUUUUAUAUUGAUGUCGUUUCUUCACAGUGUUAUUCUAAACGGUAUGCUUUGCUAUAAGAUGUUUCUGCUUCGCAAGUGUUGAGUUAUUUUAUUUAUUUAUUGAUAUAUUUGAGCAAGCUAGCGUAGCUGCGAACCCGAGGCGCGUGUCUGUGAAUGUUUGCUAAAUAGAUGGCAGAGCGCUGGAACACAGACACUGGGGACGCAGUUUAUCGCUCCCGGGAUGCCGUGAAAAACUUAAAAAUAAAAGUCCGUAUCCAGCGGGUGACUUCAACAGCUGACAUAUCUCAGCACCUCCAGCAUCAGGUUCUGUCCCAGAAAGCAAAGGGGGACAUCGAGCUGGAGACGCUCAGAUCACAGGACCACUCAGGUGAUAAUGAAGAGGAGGUGGUGGUUGGUUGGCAAGAGAAACUCUUCAGUCAGUAUGAAGUGGAGCUGUAUCAGAACGAGGCGGCCUGUCAGACCCCUCUGGAUCGCCAGUACCACACAGAAAUCCGGGCCUUCAACAAGAAGGGCCGACGCAAUCAGAGGGUUUUUACCUACACCGAUCAUGACCGCUACACAAACUUCCUUCCACUUCACCAACUGCAGCACAAUGACUUGGUCUCCACCACCAAAUCAAGGCCCACUUUCCUGGCCGAAAGGAUGGCCAGCGUCAGACACAGACGGCAGGAGAGGCGAACUAUGGAUAGUAGUAUUCCUAAAUCAAGAAUUAUCAACUGGGAUCCCACAGAGGAGUUUGUGAAGACCAGCCGGGUGGUGAAUAACUCCAUGCAGACCAUGCAUAUCAUGGGUGACUUGGGCCCGCCUGGAAAGUUGGGCCAGAAGGAGAACGAAUGUUUGCUGGCAACCAUAAAAACAGACGGCAGCGGAACGAUCAUUGUUAAACCAGACUUCAACAAAGGCAAAGAGCACUACAGGAUUGUAACAGAGGGGGAGAAGAGAGAAGUCUGGCGUUUAACUCUGGAGAAUGUAUCCAUGACAAUGAAACCAGAUGAACGAGACAGGGAGCAGAACAUGUACAAAGAUCUGUAUGGCAGGCAUAAGGAAUACCUCAGCAGCCUCGUUGGGCAGGACUUUGAGAUGCCUCCUGUAGGUAUUCUACGUUACCUGCUGCAUGGAGAGAUAGUUUCAGCUAAAGGCUUUGAAUAUGAUAACUUAUACAUCAACUUCUUCAUGGAACUGCCGAAUAAUUGGUCAAGCUUACAAUUCCAGCCUGUGUCAGGUGUUACCCAGACUUGCAAGACCAAAUCGCUGGGGAAGGAAAAUGUGGCUUUUUUCGGCUACCCAUUCAGCUUCGAAGCUUUUUACAUGAGUGAAAAAGAAAGUGAAGAGUUAAUUCCUCAGUGGCCAGCGCUUUAUUUUAAAGUCCUGUCCCUUGACUCCUGGCAGCGCUAUCGAACUGAAGGUUAUGGCUAUCUACUUUUCCCCGCUAUGCCUGGGAGGCACACGGUGACCUGUCACACGUGGAGACCUGUUCAGACGGGGACAGUCUCUGCUUUGAGGCGCUUCUUCAUUGGAGGUUCUGCAGAACUUGAAGACAGCAGCUACGUCAGAAUACCAGGGACAUUUAAGGGAGAGAGGCUGAGUCGCUUCGGCUUUUCCACAGAAACCACAGGAAGUGUUACUUUUAGUCUGCAAUGCAUCCAACAAGCCAGGGCCUUUGUUGAUGCUGCUCACCUGAAGAAAAGAAGGCAGAAAGUGGUGGACCAGCUUGGAGGCUUUAGCCAACAAGGAACGGUCUGCAGCAUCCUGGAGGCCUACCAGAGGGCCCAUAAAAGGCUGCAGGAAGCCAGAGAAAGUCUUCCAAGAGAUGUCCUUAACUCUACUGCCCAACCUCAGCUGGAAUCGUCUGCAUAACAGUCAAGAUUAAUCAUGAAUCAUAUAAUGAUUUGAGACAAUUAUUAGAACACUUGUACUAAAACAGCACAAAAGAUCAUAUUUAUCUUUUUCACUCUUCAUGCAGACAUAAGAAUGGAUGCCAGGAUGAGUAACAGUGUGGUAAACAGAGGCAUGAAGAGUUAGUUCUAUUAUUUGUUUCCCUUUUACAAAAAAUAAUUUGAUAGGUAAUGUUAUUUUGGUCAAAGGGGCUGUUUUUUUUAAAAAACACCAGCUAAGAGAAAUGUACUUGCUUUAGUUGACGGUCUUCAAUUUUUAAUGCAGUUUGUAAAGUUUUUAUGAAUU